UAUCCCGGGAGUUAACAGGUGUUUGUACGAGGCAGGCCCUCCGCGGAGAGACUUCUUUCAUUUCCUCAUCCUUAUCUUCGCUUUCGCUUCGUCUUUGAUAUCCACAAGAGAUCCGCACGUCUGUCAAUUCGUCGGCGAGACGAUACCGGUGUUUUGCGCGGAACAUGCGGUCCUGAGGAAAAACUCCUCGUGCCUCUUCCUUCGUGCACCGCCUUAUAUAUUAUUUUUUUCUUUCUCUCUGAGAUCGCUGAAAGGCGACCCAGGAAAUAUGACGACGAUGAAGAGAUAUCAGAUUACCUCUCUCCUGCUUUUCCUCGUCUUGACGCUCGGUACGUGCAAUGUCGAGCUACCUAAGCCGAGCUACACCAGAACGAUGUUGAAGGUUUCUCGAAGUCUCCCGGGCGAGACGGAAGAGCUAAAAGUGCGAACGAGCGAGGGCAAUGUAGCCACUUUAAUUGUUAAGCGACGAGACAAAUCGUCGGUUACCUUCGACGAUUCGAAGCUCACAUCAAAACCUGUUCAGGCAGAAUCGAACGUCACCGCGGAGAAUAAAAGCGAUUCGAAUGUGCGGAAUGAAUCGAAACUUGCCGACGACACUAACAGCGAAACUAGAAAAAAAAACGAUGUGCGAAGGCUCGAGGAAGCUCAAGUAGCGCAAAUCAAAGCGACGUUCUCCGAAUUGUCGGGAUCGAAGGACGAGAAAUCGAAUGUCAACCGAACCGAUGCAAAAUCGAUAUCCGAAAAAAAUCAUCCAGUCAGUGGCAGCGUAAUCGAUUACGGGACCUGGACACCUCUAGACGCGGAUGGGAGAGCGCUGAAGCAGAUGGAGCCGGAAGAGGAAGAGGAGUAUCGAAAUUGGAAACCUUUGGGGACGAAUCUGAAGACUACGAUCGAGGAGAGGACGAAUUAUGAUGAAGGUAGAAUCGGCGAUAUUCUGUUCGCUAGAAACCCCCAAGAUAGGAUUCAGAGAAAUGCCGAUUUACAAGACGGAAGUGAUAAGAACCAACGAUCUGUCUACACGUACGUGCCUCGUCAGUCCACGAGGACGAAUAUCGGAGCGAAUCUGUCGAAAAAUCGAGACGGUAAAACUGUUCCCGCAGAAGUAAUUGUCCGAUCAGAGAUCAACGUGAAGACCACACCCAAAAGAACGCCCAUGUCGCUGGAUAUGGACGGUACACCGGUGAUCCAUGGUACGAGAGUCCCCGACGAACCCAUGGAUAAGGUACAAAUUUGGCGAAACGCUCGAGUUAUUAACAACAGGUUGAUAAACAUUGAAGGGAACACCGCGGGAGUCACCAUGGCACCUUCCAUUGAACCUUAUUCUGGCGAUAAUAUCGAGAAGAAGCAGAAGUUCGAUAAGUUCUUCAAAGAUAUCAAUCGAAGAUACGGUCGCGAUUACGAGGAGGAGGACCGUAACAUGUACUUCGAGUGGGAUCCGAGGAAUUACAAGAGCGAAGCUUUGAAAGCCGAAGUAUACGAGCCCCGUAACGACCAUUACCGUGCGAGUGUUCACAAAAGGAUGUUGCAUCCGGAUAGCGUCGCGAAUUAUCCGAUCUCUCAACGUUACACCCCCGAUAGCCAGACCAUCGCUCCCGUAGCCCUGAAAUCUGGCGCCCGAGCGCCUGUCCUUCAGUACGCUCAUCCCGAGCUGGGUGUGCAGCCCGCCAAGAUCCUGAAGAACGAGAAACGCCGCCCCGACAAUUUCCCCGAGAAUCAACACUCCUUUACCGAACAACGUCACAAGAAGAAAUACGUGCUGAAUGACAAGAGUAUCGUCGAUAGUUACACGACGAAGAAUUACUAUCCGAAUCAGCAUUUCUACGGCCUGAAGCGACCGAGCGAGCCGCCGUUUUGGGUAAAGAUCUCCGAGAAUCUGAAGAAUCAGAUCUCCACCGGGGUCGAGAGAGUCUCGCAGUUCACUAGGCCAGUGAUCGAUCCUCUGGUGGAAGCCACUCAUAAGAUCUCACAGAACCUCGGUCUCUCCAGGGGCAAGGAGGCUCAGGACAAAAUCGACACGAUAGCUUCGGGCACUAGUAUCCUGAUACCGGCCUUAGGUCUCGUCGCGUCCGGCGCUGCGCUUGGAAUAGGUGCCGUAGCGGUCGGUCGCUAUCUCGAUGUCGACGUCUUGAAACGAUCAAACGCGGACGACGAUCUUGAUCUCGAGCACAAGCGGGCCUUCGAAGCAGGAGCGUACUUGAGAGCGAUCGAGGACGAGAGUUCGAGAUCGAACGAGGCGACUCCUUCGCGGACCAUGUACGUUUUACAAAACGUCGCUCAAGAUGACAAAGCGGCAGUUGAGAAUACGACUUCGGUGGAGAACGACGGAGUCUUUUUGAUUCUGGAAGACGAAGAUAAGCGAAAUGCCGAGAGGAUUGAAAAUCGGGAGAGCAGACAGAUGGUAGACGAGGUCGAUUAUGUGGAAACUAACGGACGAAGAAGAAAGAGAAGCCCCGACUAUCUGGAUAUAUUUAAGACGGACGUUGACAUGAAAAACCUGGUGCGCAGCAAACGCUUUCAGAGAAAGGGAGCCGAUUCCAUCAGCGAAAUCGUCGAGAUCGAUCUGCCUGCUGACGCAAUAAGUCGUACCGAUAUGAUCGAACUCAUGAUUCCGAAGAAGAAAUAUUCGAAUGAAAAUACCAUGGAAUGGAAAUACAUGAUUGUUGAUAAAGACAGCACGAGGAUGGACAAUCUUAAAGCGGACAUAUCGGAUCAAGACGCGUUGGAGAACAACGCGAAAGUUAUUGGAGAUGCCAUCGAUAAUUUACAGGACAUAGUUUCGACGAAAGGACAUAUGCAAGAUCGAAGAGAUCAUACCGAUGGUACUUCCCUCUGGAAAGUCCUCCUGCUGAAUGACAAAUCGCAAAUUCCCGAGAGUAAUCUCGAGAAGGAAACGAUGAGAAAGGUCGGAAAGAUCGAUAUAGACUUCUCAAAAGAGGACAACGGAAGGCGAAAGCGCAGUGUUGACAGCAAUCAGGAACUCCUGGAUACUUUGCAGAAUCUGGAGAAUGCGGAAAUAGCCGAAAUUGCUCACAUACAAGGCGAUUGGACGAAUACACCCUGUGCAAAGAGAAUAUUUUGCGACACGAUGAUUCAAAGAGGAUCCGACGCCUCGGUGCUCAUGGAGAAGAAGAUGGCAGCGUUAUUAAAAUUAAUUCAGCCUGGAGCAGCUGUUCAAGUGUCCAGUCACUUCGAGGAGGUCAUGAAUGCUGUCAGGAGGCACGAUUGUUCCAUCUUUUUGUGUCCGCGGGCGACACCCGGCAACGUCUUUCUUUAGAGAUUACAAUAUUUUUUAAUCACACACUCCUAAAAUAAUUGUAUCGUAAAAAUAUCAAUUUAAAAUUUAUUGGGAUAACGAGACGGGAAACGCGACAAAAUAUUUUAUAUAAUUAUUGACAAUUCUUCGAAUUUUUUAGCUGCGUUUGAAGGUCAAAAACAAAGAGAGUGUCUUUUACACGCAAUUAAUUUAAAUAUAAUUGUUUAAAAAUGGCCGGCAAUUUUUAAAUGCCGACAAUAAAUAAUGCGUUCUUUUCUUCGCCGAGUAAAUUCGCAAAAGAAUUGUCACUUAUAUAGAAUAUUUUCCGAGUAGCAAAGUUGUUGCGAUUAAGCUUGUUAUUUUCGGAAAAUAAAUUUAAUUGAAUUAAUUUUCACGUCCGCAACGAUUUUGCGAACGAUUUUUAAUUAGUACGUUUUCGAUAAACACAUCGAAUUGGCACAGAGCCAACUGUACAUACUUGCCAUCGAGGCGACUUUAUUUAAAAUGCACACAUACUUAUAAUUUAGAUGAUUAAGCAUAGAAUUUAGGAAAAACAAAAUGGAAGAUCGACGGAUAAUCAGUCGCAACUUCCAAAUGUUUAUCACAUCAUAAUCGCCCUUUGAUAAACAUUUUCGCCUAUCAUUUCAUUUUCUCUCACGUUUCGAAUUCCGUCCAAAUAAAUUAUUUUUUAACGAGAUAAUGUAAUUUAAUUCGACGUGCCGACCAUCGCACAAGUGAAUAAAAUAUUACACGCGAAUCUUAAUGAUUCCAAGAUAGAGUCAUCACCGAUUCGCGCGUCGAGCAUGCAAAUAUAUUUAUUUCUGUAUUUUUCUAUGCGCGUACGACAUCGUGUCUACAAGAGUCGAAUAAAUAAACGAUAUUUUUUACUA